UAGAAAUUCCUUCACUUCCGGGUUUUGAUCGGACACACCGUGUCUAGAUAUUAUUUAUGCAUCGUGACUAUUGGUUCCGAAAAGAAUUCGCGAUGUGACGCAUUGAUUGGAUGUCGGACAGGGUAUUUUUGGUGUCCCCCAAAUCGUAGCCAAUCAAACUCGCUUGGCGAAUAAUGACAUAAAGAAUAAAUAAAAAUUUGUAAUGAACUAUAGACAAUCGAACAAUCCGACAAUUCGAAGAUGUUGAACUACAACUGCAUUUCCCCGUGCACUAAAAUGAAAUAAGUUUAAUAAGUCGUGUCUCAUCUGAAAGAAGGCAGAAAGACGAAAGAUAACGAAUAUAGAAAGUGCCAAAAGAGACAGAUCAAUUCUCUCAACGUCUGUGACAAGAUAAGUAGAACUAAACAAAAAAUUCAAAUCCGAUCAGCUGAUUAUCAUCAAGCAUGCACGUGCUACGACAGGUAUGCAAACUCUUUGACAAAAGUGUCAUAAUUCCUCUGCAUCCAAUUGCGUUUUCCAAGACGUACCACUCUUCAACUGUACAAGCGAAACAACAACAACCGGUGGAAAAUAUCAACGACCGAGCGCGCGGUGACAAGAGACCGGUGAUCGACGAGGCGACCAUCAGGAGGCUCGAAAGAUUGGCGCUGGUCGGCUUCGAGUACGAGCAGAGUAAGCGGAUCCUGGAGGAGGCGAUAGCGUUCACCGAGCGGCUGCGAACGGCGCGCAUCGACGAGACGGUGCGUCCGAUGUACAACACCCUGGAGAACGAUCGUAUUCGUCUGCGGGACGACGUGGUGCAAAACAACGUAGAUCGGCGCGAGAUACUAAGGAACGCCGCUGUGCUGGAGGAGGAGUACUUCGUCGCGCCCCUGGCGACGACCAAGUCCGACUCCGGACGAUGAUGAGCCUGGAAGCUGUACUGAGGACCGUCAGCCCG